AUGAACCCUAGUCUGGGCUGGGAGAAGCUUUCUGACGUAUACUACCGCAAUCGGCCUCUGUGCACGUGGGAUUGGAGCCAUGCUAGUGAUUUAAAUUACAGCUUUUCCUUAACGUUUUGCGCGCUGCAUCAUGAUCAGAAGAUCCACUGUUAUAACUACGUAGGAGAACUACAAUGGAGUAUAGAUUGCAGUGGCUUGCCGUCCGAGAUUGUGAAUUUUGAGUUUGCCAAGAAUGAGACGUUUAUUCUUGUCCUGGAAGACCGCAUCAGAAGAUACACAGGGUGGUAUCCCUUACAAUGGGAGGAUACAAUGCUUCCGGAUUCUGUUUCCGACCUGAUCUGGGACUACAAAUCCGGUGUGGCUCUGUUGCAAUCCAGCCAGGACAUCUACUAUUAUCACGACAGCAGGCUGGAGUUGAUAUAUCAGAAUGAUGACCGGUUCACUCUGUCCACGAAGCAUCAUUGGCAUACGAACGGCGGUCUAGUGGUCCUGUUGGAUACAAGGGUGGUUCUACACUUGGAUAUACCAACUCGCAAAUUGUCACAUGCUGUGGCAGGGUCGUGGCAAGAGGUGAGGAUAUCGCCGAAGGGCUUCGUCUGCCUGUAUAGCAUGAGGGAGAACAGUAUUGCCAUCUAUAAGGAUCCUUCGCGAUUUCUGCUAGAGCAUUCUCUCGAUGUGAUUCCGGACGCACUGGAAUGGUGCGGCAGUGACACGAUUGCCUACUGCAAUUACAAGAACGAAGAGGUGAAGUUGAUCGGACCCAAUGGCUCGUACGUCGCAUUUUGGUUCCCAAAUCCAAUCAUAGCUCUAAGGACCGAAGUGGAUGGGGUGAAGGUCCUAACUUCUGCCUCCAUCAAUUUCAUUUCGAAAGUGGAGAACUAUACUGCCCGGAUUUUUUCCAUUGGCUCAACAGAAUCGAGUGCUAUUCUGCUUGACUCAUUGGAACUACUUUCUAACCAUGCACCACGGGCUAUUGAGAAUUUGAAAGUAAUUAAUCUGGAACAAGCAGUACUUGAGUGUACGCAAGCAGCACGCGAUGAGUUUGCACCUUACUGGCAAAAACGUCUGUUGUCCGCAGCUUCUUUUGGUAAAGAUUCUCUUUCCAAUGCAGAAUUCAAUUCGCAAGCUUUUGUACAAACAUGUGAUUUGCUCCGCGUCCUUAAUAUGUUAAGCCAGAUGGGGCUACCAUUGACAGCAAAACAGUUUGAUGAUAUUACCAUAGAUGGUGUUUUGGAGAUCCUUAUGCGACUUCACAAGUUCCACAAGUGCAUACAGAUAUGCUCUUUCUUAAAUUACGAGAAGAAGCUUGGGAACGUAUUUAAAGAAUGGGCUGUCGCAAAGAUUAAGUUAUCGCCGGAUGUGGAUGAUAGCGCCUUGUAUCAAUCCAUAAUCACCCAAAUGACGAAUCAAGGCUUGGUGCCAGGCACUUCACUUAUCCAGAUUGCCCGUGCGGCCUUUUUAGAAGGGAGGUUUCACCUUGCGAAGAAGCUGGCCGUUGAAAGUCCCCUCCCAAGGUCUAAACUGCAAUUAUUACUGGACAUGGACGAAAAUGAACUUGCGUUAUCUGAGGCCGUCAAGUUACUUGAUCCUGAACUAACCCUUACUCUCCUUCUGUUGCUACGCUCUCGCCUCACAAACGCGCAGUUUACUAAGGUCUUAGUGCUUGUCCUGAAGGAUAACACUUUGUUACAGUUUUACGAACGUAAUAACAUGGUGUUCCUUUACGACUUUUACCGCCAGACUGAUAGGUACCAAGAGCUUGCCAUGCUAAUCUUCAAUGAUGGAAAGAAACGGAACGCAUUGCUGUCUUUCUUACCUCAAGUUCAGAACUUAUAUGGGAUCAUCGACACCCCCUUGGCGAAAGAGAACAAGGAGCUAAUAUCCCGUCAUAUCUCAUUAGUGAAGCACCAGCAGAACUUGACUAGCCUUUUAAACUACGACUUUACAGAUUUAACAUUGGAUGCCACCUUGACACAGUUGAUAGAAAUGGGUCAAGAAAGACAUACCUCGACAUUGGUAAAGACGUUUAAAAUCAGCGAGAGAAAGUACUAUAGAAUUAAGUGCAGAACACUGGUAAAAGCAGGCCGGUUUGACGAGUUAAACAAAUUCGCGAAGGAGAGAAAAUCACCAAUUGGAUAUAAACCCUUCUACGAAGCGGUCUUCAACCACGGGAAUCCUCGUGAAGCAGCCGUUUACGUGUCAAUGAUAACGGGGAUAUCAAACUACGAGAAGAUUGAACUCUAUCUGAAAUGCGGAUCUUUUUACGACGCAAUCCAGUUGGCAUCGCGUGAGAAGGACAUUGCAUUGCUGCAGCGCAUAAAGGAACAAUUGCCAGAUAACCAGCCACAGUUGAUGGUGGUUCUGAAAGAAUCAAUAGCAAAAUUAUAG